AUGUCAGACACCCUCCCGAACCCGUCCGGUCUCUCGGCCAAGGUGAACAAGAAGCGUAAGAGACAAGCGGAGGAAGCACCCAAGGAAGAUAAAGCCGCAUCGGCCAAAUCUGCCAAUAAUAAUACCUUGGAAGCAGCCGAGGGUCCUUUAAAGAAGAAAAAGAAGAGGAAUUUCAAAAAUAAGCAGAAACAACAAAAGAAAAAAGAUCUGGAGGAUGAUCCCAAGCAGCAGGAGCGCAAAGGCGGCAUCGACGAGUCUAUUGGCAAGAUGGACGGCCGGUUGCUGGCUGAUUACUUUGUCCAGAAGGCGAAAAGACAUAACAAGGAGCUGACUGCGGUUGAACUGGGUGAUCUGAGCGUCCCAGACUCGGCAUUCCUCGACACAUCCUCUUUCGAAUCACCCAGAUCGCUAGACCAGCUUCCUGCGUUCCUCAAAGCUUUCAGCCCCGACAAGGGGUCUGGACUCUCAAAGGCAUCGGAGCAAAAGGGCACACCGCAUACGCUGGUCGUAUGUCCCGCUGCGCUUAGAGCAGCUGAUGUGGUGAGGUGGGUGGACCAGACAUAUAUCGCUGUCCUGGGAUGGAGGCUGAUUAGAUGUUCUAGGGCUCUCCGUGCGUUCCAGAGCAAGGAUUCGACAGUCGGCAAGUUGUUCGCAAAGCACAUCAAGCUGGAGGAAGCAAAACAGUUCUUGCAGCGCGCACGAAUAGGCCUUGGAGUUGGAACCCCUGCCCGUAUUUUAGACUUAAUCGACGCUGGGAGCCUCAAGUUAGACGAACUAGAACGCAUCGUGAUUGACGGAUCUUACAUUGACCAAAAACAGCGUGGCAUUUUUGAUAUGAAGGAAACGCAUAUCCCACUCCUUCAACUGCUCACUCGCUCCGAGUUCCGUGAACGAUAUGGAGCGAAACAGAAGCGGAUUCAGGUUCUGGUAUUUUAA